CCGGAAGCCCUCAAACAUCGCCACGAACGGCGAUGCGGACUGCUCAGGCUUUGCGUCCGCCAUCUCUCCGUCUCUUGUUCGUUUGAAACCCAUUAGAAACCGUCGCGGUAGAUAUAGAACGACGUCAAGCAAACGGUUAGAUGGGCUGGAGCACGACUCACGUGGGUGCUAAAGCGUUUGGAGCUUAGUCAACUCGGUUACUCUUUACAAGGUUGUAAGUUGACAUCCUCCACCUCUGAUCAAGAUCACGAGUAUCUUCGUCCAGCAAUUGUGUUUUGUGUCUUGAGACGCUCUGUUUGCCCGCUGUUUUUCUCCUUCGUUUAUAUUCUCCAUUGGGGGUGCAUCUCGUCCUCGAGAGUGAGAUAAUACCAUGGCUCUUUCCUCCUUUUUCCAGAGCCAGCGUGCUGUGUUCUCGGCCUCCAUCCUUCUGCGUGCCGUCUUCCUGCUGUACGGUCUUUGGCAAGAUGCAAACUCGCCCAUGAAGUAUACAGACAUCGACUACUACGUUUUCACCGACGCAGCGCGUUUCAUUUCUGUGGGCCAAUCACCAUACGCAAGGGACACGUACAGAUACACGCCUCUACUCGCUUGGCUCAUCUAUCCAACCGUAUGGCCAGGCCAAUUCUGGUUUUCUUUCGGCAAGAUCUUGUUCGCUGUCGGCGAUGUUGCAGCCGGCUGGAUGAUGUUUCGCAUCUUGAAAGAGUAUAGGAACAUGGGAGAUGAGAGCGCGCUGAAGUUUGCGAGUAUUUGGUUGUUGAAUCCGAUGGUAGCAACGAUUAGUACGAGGGGGAGUUCGGAGGGUUUAUUGGGAGUCUUUGUUACGGCGCUGCUAUGGGCAGUGCUGGCGAAGAGAAAUGCUGUUGCUGGGUUCUUACUCGGCUUUGCGGUGCAUUUCAAGAUCUAUCCGUUCAUCUAUGCGGCGUCAAUUGUUUGGUGGCUCGAGGACAGUAGGGUUGGACAAAAGAAGGCUGGGAAACUUCAAUCAUCCACAUCGUUGCUUGAUCAGAUCGUUGCGUUCCUCAGCCCACAAAGGAUAACUCUGGCCAUUUACAGUCUCGUCACCUUCCUUGGUUUAAACGUAGUCAUGUACAAAAUGUACGGUUACCCCUUCCUCGACCACAGUUACUUCUACCACCUCAUUCGCAUCGACCACCGACACAACUUUUCGCCUUACAACACGCUGUUGUAUCUCAACUCGUCCCCAAAGCCAACUGGCCUGGACUCGACAUCUUCGAGCUUCGAGCUUGAGCGCCUCGCUUUUCUCCCGCAACUGCUCCUAAGCGCCGUCUUCAUUCCAUUAGUAUUAGCAAGGAAAGACCUUCCGAGCACGAUGCUGGCGCAAACCUUCGCAUUUGUUGCAUUCAACAAGGUUUGCACGAGUCAGUACUUCCUCUGGUACAUGAUGUUUUUACCAUAUUACCUACCAGAUUCGACACUACUGCGUUCGCCGUCGAUCGGCAUCACAGCGCUGUUAGCCUGGGUCUUGGGCCAGGUCGCAUGGCUUCAACAAGGAUUUCAACUUGAAUUCAAUGGCUACUCAACUUUUGUGCCAGGGCUGUGGGCUUCCGGUAUUCUAUUCUUCUUAGUCAAUGUUGGGAUCCUUGCGGUAAUCAUAAGUGAUACGAAGGCAAAAACAGAUGCCAGCUCUCGCAUAGUCAAGAAGAUCUCAUAACGACGGCUUGUAUGAGUACAAGUACAUGUUGUAUACAGAAAUCUAUAUUGUCCUUGGCCUCGGUUCAU